AGAGAUCACAGAGCUUGUGGCUGUGAAAGGUGGCGCCUGUUUCCUCUUUUUUUUUAUCUUUUCACACACACACACAACACCGGAACGUUGCAUUAUUAAGACAAACUGCUGCUCAUUUCGACAUCACGUCCAGUGAUGAUGCAAGAAACUCUGCUGCGGGUGUUUAUGGUGGCUCUGAGUCUCAUCCUGUGCCCGAGGGACGAGCCUGGAGUCCAGGACUGGGAUUAUAUCACGGUGAGCGUGCAAAACCAUGACGGGAAUCUGCUGAGAGGGACAGAGGAACUGCACCGAGGAGCAGCAUCUGUCGGGGAGGAAAUCGCUCUCAGUGGCAACAAAGAAAAGCGAGACGACAUAAGAAAUAUCCUUCUGGAACAAAAUCACCCUGACCGACCUGUCACUGGAAAAGAUGAAUUGUCUGAUACGACUGUCAUCGGCCGAGACAACGCUGAUCAAGGAGGAGGAGGGGACAUUUUCACGGCUAAAUUGGAUCCAAGUCAGCCGUCGCAGGAGUAUAAUGAAACGGAGAGUAAUCUGAGGACUUCACAAGUCUCCAGCAAGCAAAAUGCAAACCAUAUUCAGACUGAUGGGCCUUUCAGAGAGCCGGACGGACCGCAGGGACGACAUGAGAAACCUGACAAGGACAAGUUUGGCUCUGGAGGAACAGAAGGGCCCCUUUCACAUGUCUACGCUUCAUCAUCUGAAAAUGAGACGGGAGAGGAGGCCGUCGCAGAGUGGGAGGAAUAUCUCUGGUACAUUUGGAACACAUUUUCCAUCAUUUACAUGGUUCACUUCUUUAGAAAAUACCACAGUAGAAGCCUUCAAAAUAACCAGAAGAAUUUUCCAGCGCUAUGCACUGUUGCUGAUGUAACAUUACCAGAUUCCAACAGCCUGCAGAACUUUCAUACCAAAUGUAGUCAGACUGCAUCUGAAAAGAAGUGGGAAGGUGAAUUCUUGGACGGGUUUGCUGAUGACCUACUGGAGGCCAUGAGGAGUAUCAACGUUAAACGUGGAGGCAUGGUGAUAGGAGACUUUCAGAGGAUCAACAGACGUGAGAUCAUCGUUCCUUUCACUCCACCUGAACCCUACAGCUUCCAGUGUUUCCUCUCUAACAAUCAGACCAGUUAUUCCUCCCAAAUGCAGGCCUGUGGUCAAAUAAAGGUGGUGGAAAAAAUCCGAAACCAGAACGGCUGCCCCUGUCAGUCCUCCAACGCCGACGACAUGGUUUGUCUCCUGCACGGCGACAACGAGAAGGUGAAGACACAAACCGUUGACGCUUGCGACGGUCCUUUUUGCCACGAGCGCACCCCUUUCCUGUCAAAGUCACACAUUAGUAGAUGGUUUCAGAGCACCAUCAAACUGGCCUGGGGACUGAUUUCACAUAAAUACCAGUUUGAGCUCAGCUUCUGCUCCAUUGAUGUUCUGACCAUUCGAUUCAGAUCAGGGAAGAAGAUCAGCUUCAAGAUGAAGCCAGUAGUUAAAAGCAACGAGGCUCAUUUCUCAAUCACCCCUUGGCCCUCAAACGACCCAGAUUCUCUCUGGACGCUGUCCCUGACCACCUAUGAGGAGCAGCUCCUACAACACUUCUCCAAGCAACUGCCUGAAAACUCCUGCCACUUAGAGGUUCUUGAAAUUGCACUUUUCCUUCACCGGAGACAGAAGGCAUUGACGGGAAGUAGCGCUCUGAAGGAGUUUCACUUCAAAACAGCACUCCUUCAUCUCCUACUAAGCAAAGAUCCAGCACAAUGGAAACCAAACGACAUCGUUUCAAGGCUACGGGACUUGUUCAGAGUCAUAGAGACCAGCCUUGAAAACAAGGUGCUGAACCACCCUCUUGUUGGAAACCCUUCAACUGCUAUUGAGCUGCCAGCCGAGUUCACCAAAGCAAAGCCAGUGAAUCUCUUCCAUCCCCUUGUGGUGCAUGAAUGUAUGCACAGAAAUGCUGCGGCACAUUUUCAGGAGAUGCUGAGGAACACUCGUUUAAUAAUAGAUGAUUACACAUCAGAGUCGACUCAAGUCAAGGCAUCUGAUCAACCUAAACUGCAAAGUUCUACACCGUAGACACAUGAAGUGGGCUUAUGUGGUGCAAAAAAACGAGUCACUUAUAAGAAGGCUUUUCAUUUAUUUAAAAGAUCAUUUCUACACAUCACGUUCAGUAUUAAACAUUGAUGGAACUUAUGAAGGAAUUCUUAUCAGCAACCUCCUCCAGCGAUGGAUCAACCUCGGCCUCAGAAGAUUCCUUCAGAGGAUCAACCUCCAAAAGGCCCUCAUCGCUGGUCUCAACCUUCCAGGACCGACUGGAGAUUACAGCACUGGACGCAGCUGAAAUGAAAAAUAUUUAUUCUUUUUCAGGGAGAGACUAUUUAUACCUCAUUACUGGUUGUUUAAAAAGGAAAAUGUCUCUUGUAUAGACUUACACCAAUAUACAAGUUGAGCUUUUUAAAUGUAAAUAAUUAUACUUGCCUCUUGGGUGCGGUGACGGACAAGUCGAUUCACAACAAUCGCACACCGAGUUCGGACCAUGGAGCUCCUUCCAUCUGAACCACAAACAGAAGGGUUUUGGUCAGAAUGACCCACAUGAGGCAACUCUUCGACGUCUUUGAACUGAACUCACUUUUUGCUGACUGGGUCAAAGUUGCAGGCCUUUGAACUUGGCGUUGGAGUGAGCGGACCCACAUAGAUCUGACAGUGCAUGAAGAGUUGCUGAAAGAAAGCUCUCAGUUAGCAUAAGUUUCAUCCAGGGCUGGCCCACCUGACCUGUGGCAGUACCUGUGUCGAGGCAGAAGAGGCCUGGUCCUUGAAAAUGAAAGCAGGCACAGUGAACCUCUGAAUCUUCUUCUGGUUGCCUUUGAUGAACGCAGAUGUUGGCGUGAUCUUGCUCUCAAUCAUACAGCUGGAAGGUGAAUUAUGUCAGUACCCACAGCCAAAUGUCCUCUUUAGUUGUGGGAAACUUUGAUUACCCUUGGUUGUCGAUGACUGUGUAGCUCGGACUUGCGUUGGGGUUUUGGGAGAUCGUGAUGUGGCAUUUCUGAAUGUAAACCCGCUUCUGUCCCGCACUCGUCAUGCUGCUAGGUCCACCGGCCUGAAAGAACAUUGGCUGUCCCAAAACGAAGGUUCUGGAUCCCAUGAUGUUGUUUCCAGAUUCUUCAGUAAACGGGACAUCCAACGGACAGAAGGAAGAAAAAAAAAAAAAAAAAGACAUGCUUGAGCAGGACAACAGUGUUAAACAGCUGACAUGUAUGUUUCUGAAAGAGUUUGAGUUUCAAC